AUACAAGGAAUUAUCUUAAAUAAAUAUUAUUUUAAGAAUUAUUUUUUAUCAGGAAAAAUUUGGUUAAUCACAGAUAAUUUUUUUGAUUAUACUAUAUUUAAAAAAAUGAUAAAAAAAAACAAUAUAUGGUCUUUUAGGGGUAUAUAUUUUACUUUGGAAAUGUAUUCAAGAAAAACUUUUUUUUUUUUUCCAAUAUCAUUAUCACAAUUAAGAAAAUAUUCUAUAAAAAAUAUAUGUUCUGGUUGUGGAUCACAAUUUGAGGAGAUUUAUUCAAAACAUUCUUCAGAUACUAUGUAUAAUAAGAGCAAAAUUAUUAAAAAUUUUAAGAAUUCUAAAAAACAAAAAGAAAAUGAUAUAUUUAAUGAAGCAAUAGCUAAUCUUGACGAAACAUUAUGUUUAGAGCUUUUAAAUAUAUUUCCAGAGAGAUUAUCAGGAUCCUUUCAAGAAAAAAAAGUUAAAAAAAGGACAAUAUGCCAACGAUGUCAUGAUUUAAUUCACCAUUCUACUUUAUCAACAGAAUUUCCUGCACUUCCACAAACAUUAUCAUCUGCAAAUUGGUUGUCAAUACUUUUGAAAGAAAAAAAUCCUCUUUUAAUAUGUAUAAUUGAUUCUAUUGAUUUUCCUCAUUCAUAUAUAUCAGAAUUGCAUAAUUUAUAUGGAAAAAUAUCACAAAUUUUGUAUGUAAUUAACAAAAUUGAUAUAAUAUGUGGAAAAAAAGAUAUGUUAAGCAAAAUAAGAGAUUAUUUUGUUUCAGAAAUAUCAAAAUUAGCUCAAAUUACAGAAAAAGAAAUAAAGCCAUUUAUUAUUUUAACAAGUGCUACAAAAGGUUGGGGCAUAGAUAAACUAAUAACAUCUAUUAACAAAUAUAAAACCAAAAAAAGUAACAUAUAUUUUAUUGGCAUGACUAAUGUUGGAAAAUCGUCUAUUAUUUCUAAGUUUGCUAAUCAGGCAGGUUAUGAGGAAACACCUACUGUUAGUUUUUUACCAGGAACAACUUUAAAUCCAAUAAAUAUAAAUGCAAACAAACUGAGAAAUUUAUUUAAAGACGGUGGCAUAAUUAUAGAUACCCCAGGAAUUUCUGAACCAGAUAGACAACUAUUUAAACAUUUUGAAUGCAACAAAUUAAGAAUUUAUAUACCUAAAAAAAAAUUUCCUAGAAUAAAACCAUUUUCAAUAAAACCUGGACAAAGUCUUAUAAUAGAAAAAAUUGUUAGAAUUGAUUAUCUAGAUACUUUGAAGACAGAUAAUCGAUUAAUAGUUACUCCAUAUAUAUUUCUUCCAAUACAUAUUACAAACAGAAAGAAAGCUGAAUAUAUUUUUAAAACAAUUUCAAGUGUUGAUAACAUGACUACACAUGAUAAAACUUCACUUAAAAAUGAAGCAAAAAUUUUGUAUUAUAAUUUGACAGAAAGUAUUGAACAUAAAAAACACAAAGAUAUUGUAAUUGCAGGAUUUGGAUGGAUCACUACAAGAACAAACUAUGGAAGCGCUAAUAUCAAAAUCUUUUCUUUGGAAAGUAAAGGCGUUGCUUUACGUAAUUCUUUAAUGCAAUAUAUAACAUCACGACAUAUAUAGAAAUAUAGAUAUCACCAAAACAUUCCUCCCUCAAAUCCAAUUUUUAAUUUCUUUCCAAAAAGAUAAUCCCAACUUUUUGGACUUUUCAGAUUUUCAGAAAGGUCGUCAAGUUUACAUGCUUUAGCUGUGAUUCUUGCCAUUCGUUUAGCAUCUUCUGUGUUGUCUCCUUCCAUUACAUACAUUACUAAAGCUGUCAUUGAAACAUUUUGACAUAAAGCAUGCUCCAGUAAUGGAAUAAGUGCACCAGAUGAGAAUAAUUUCGGAAAAACUUUUUUUGAUCCUGAUAUUAAUUUAAGAGUUGAAAAGUACUCUGACAAUCCUGAAAUAGUUUGAAACGUUGAUAAAAUAAACUCCUUGGGCCU